UUCCCGCUCGCCGUACGCGGCUGCGAGGCUGUCGCUAAGAUGGCGGCCAAGGUGGUGAAGCUGGCUGCUGCUUCUUCCUCCCUACCUUUUGUGUGUGCAGUGUAUGCAGCAACAGAAAAGGAAUCAAAAAGUCAGCUGGUGAAGCCAAACCAGCUUCCAAUUUACUGCUCACCACCUCUGAAGUCAAAAUACAUUGAAGAACAGCCUGGUCACUUGCAGAAGCAAUUCUCUUCAAUAAGACAGACCACUGGCCACUAUAUUGGGUGGUGUAAGGAUGCUUUUGUCUUUGCUAAAAAUGGAAUAGCGGAUUCAAUUCAGUUUGGUAAAGAUGCUUAUGUUUACCUGAAGAAUCCACCACCAGAAUUUCUUCCCAGAGCCGGCAUAAUUACAAUAUCAGGCCUAGCUGGUGCAGUGCUGGCAAGAAAAGAUUCUAGAUUUAAGAAAAUUGCUUAUCCCUUGGGACUUACUACUUUAGGAAUUUCAGUUUGUUACCCAGCUCAGGCAGUAGUAAUUGCUAAGGUAACAGGGAAAAAGGUAAUUUCUGCAAGCCAUCAAACCUACGAGGCUGCACGAUCUCUAUGGGCAAAGAAGGAAGAUCCCUCCAAGCUGCAGCAAGAGUCAAAAUCGGUUUCAAAAGAAGAUAAGAAAAAUAAAGAAAUAUCUAAUAUGCAGUUUGAAUCGGCUAUUGAAUCACAGUCACCUAACAGAACAGAAUCUUCUCCUAUAGAGUCUUGGAGUACAAAGGAUCCACUGCCUUCAUCAGGAACAGUGAGGACAACAAAGUUUAAAGCUGACCCAAAACUUAUGGACCAUGGUCAGUCCAGCCCAGAAGAUGUGGAUAUGUACAGUACAAGAAGCUAAGCCAUCUGAUUACAAAUUUUUGCAAAGUAUUACAGAUAAGGGGGAGGGAAGAAGGGAAGGAAUAAGACUUGUGAUUCAUACUGUGUGAGGUAUAACUUAAUCAGGUAUUUUCUUAUAUUCCAAACUGUAUUACUGACUUAUACGAUGCUGUUCAAUGAAUAUUUGUUUCUCACUACUUACAAACAGUGAGAAUUCGCUCAUAUUCAGUGUCAUUACUGUGACACUGAGAAAAUGGGAUUUGUGUGUGUCUUCUUGUCUUCUCACAAUGAAGUUUCUCUGUGCCAAACUUGUUACUAAACGUCAUUUCACAAAAGGUAUUUGAAAAGGUGAACAUCUCUAUAUUUCAGCCCAAAUGUUCACUGAUAGAAAAAGAGCAAUAUCAUGGAUAGGGCUAGAGAGGCUUCUUUGCUUUUCACUUGAAGCUCUAGAACAAAGAGCAACUCUUACUGGUCUGAGUGCCCUUAAUUGAUUACUUUAUCAUAUGUACAGCGUUAUCUCUAAUGCUUACAUAAACAAAUCAUUUUUCGUUGCAGAGUCAUUUGUUGUUGUUUGCCUCUUUCACAAAUGUGAAUGGAAACUGAACUUCUUGUGCAUUCUUGUUUUGUAUUUAAAUGUCACUUACCUUAGGAAACAACUGAUCUUUAAAAUAUCCAUGAUAGACUAUGCAUUAGUUUUUACAUACUUCUGGUAACUUGAACUGUAUGCAAAUUGCUGAAUUCAUGAAGCUGAUACUGUUUGAUUUAUUUAGAGUGAAUAAGCAAUGUUUAGGAAAAAGCUUGAAGGUUUAAAGUAAGAAAUGCAUAAAUGGUUGAAAGCGCUGCUAAAUAUCUAAAAAUGCCAAAGUAAUAAACAGAACAAACAGUGGGAAUACUGCCACACAAACAGAUAGUUUGAUUUGAUGUCUUACAGCUGAAAAGAAACACUUUCACAUGAAUGUCUUUUCAGCAGUGGGAUAUGAUGGGAUAUUUGCCCCCAUUCUACUUAAGAAUAGAUUUCACUACCUGAUUUCUUCUUAUGAGGCUCCCACUUCAAAGUCAGAUGACCUUAGCACAGGCAGGCAGUACUCCUGGCAUCACUGUAGGGCUAACAGAACUAGUAAGGAGAUAAUGCACAGUGGUGCAUGCUCAAAGCAUAAACACUGAACGAACAAAUGCACCAACUAAGACUUUUGUGUUGGUUCAGAAACAGAUGUAUUGAUAUUCUGUAAUAUGGAUUUCAGGUGAAGAGUUUGGCCUGGAUGGAGUCUAGUACAAAGUAAAGUCAGUAAAUAAAAGAAGUUUAAAGAAAAGUAACUCUAUUAAUUAAACUUGUUUGGGAUCCGUGAAUUAGAAUUUCAUGUAUUUUUUUUUUCUUUAAUCACAUAAUAAGGCCCACGAAACUGCAAGAAUUCAGGCAGAAAUCAGAGGAUAUUAAGUCAGUCUUCAGAGAGCUCCUGGGCACAAAGCCUAACAAUGUUCUGCUACAGAGAAAACAGUAGAAAAGUUAGAUGGUUGGGCUUCCUAUGCUAUUUUCAGGGAAAUGUGAAGAUGCGAAGCAGGAAGUGAAACUAAUUAAAGGAAGAUUAUUUUCAAGUGCUAGAUGGGAUGGUGGGAGUUAUCUGCCUCCCUAUCUGGUCAGUUAGUCAGCUUCUGGAUUAAAAAAUGAAGGCAAAACCAUUUGCUCUGCACCUGGAUUCUAUUUAACUUAGGUCCUUUGAGUGAAGCACUACUACAAGUCAACAAGAAAGGUAAGAUGAUACAGGUUUGCAUGGUUUACUGUGGUGACAUUUUUCAGGACAAAGUAUAAAGAAACUAUGUAUUAAUCUCAUGGGAACGGGGUAGGAAGAUUCAUUAGGGAGAUGCCAAGGAACGAGCAUGUGUGCCCUUACCAGGCAAGAGCAGACCUUAAGAGUCUGUCAUCUACCAGAAUGCGAAAAGCUGCUCCAGUCCUUUGAAUAAUUUCAGGACAUUAAUACUCUUUGUGAUAGAGACAAGUCUGGAGAAGGUUUGCUGGAGUUCUUAAUGAUUAAGCUGAGCAGACUUGGAUCCUUUGUCCAAAUGGUUUGUGUUAUAAGCCCUGACUUCAGAAGAAAUUCAUGUUGUAAAAGGACACGAUGCACAAAACUGUACUUGUGCUGUAGUACAGUCUCUAAUUACUUCUCAGGACAAAAUUGUGAUAGAACUGUGCUUCACAAUUAAAUUUUUGCUCUGAGGCCUUCAUGCAUUUUCUGGGACAUAACUUAAAAUUAUUGCUUUUACUCACUUUAAUGAAUAGACGGUGUGAGAAUAUAGUUCUGGAGUUCUUAAGAGCGGUAUUGCUGUUACCUCAUCUUGGUGGAAGGGAGGAGCUAGGCAGCACGUGAGUGUGCGAAGCAUUUGUUCCACCUCAGGAUUUGUUCUGCUACUGUCACUUUUUAGUUCAGUUACUUUGUCACUUGGGAUUUCCCUGUUGUUACACAUUCUCCUCCAUGUGAGACAGGGAUUUUGUUUGUUUUCUAUCAAGAGUUUUUGUUUAGUAUCCCCACAGUCAAAGGCUUGCAACUAAAGGCCUGGAUUUCUGCACUGAGACAGAUACAGCCUAAGGAUCUCAAGGAGAACAAAACAGGGCAAAAAUGUAUGAAAAGCUUUGCUUCCUUGCUGGAUGCACUUUCUGCUUUCAGGAAGACUACAGCCAGUCUCUCAAGACAUGUUUCUAUAUCCAGGAGAAUAGAUGUUAAUAGCAUAAUAGUUCUUUACUCACAUGUACUUCUGAUGGAGUCAGUCUUUUCCACCCAUGCCAGACACUUGAGAGGUUAAAAAAAUAAUUCAAAGAAAUUUGGAAUAUAUUUGCUAACAGGAAGGCAACCCAGAUCAGAUUACUAGUUUGGUUUUGUAAAAAUGUUGAAAUGGUGGCUGAGUCUUCAUUACACAGAUUGUAUUCUUGAAAGUGUUUCCUGUUCAGAUUUAAAAUGAUGAUGUCCCUCUUCAGUUGAGAGAUCUGAAGCUCCACAUUUUAUAUGGCAUGUUCAAGAUAAGUAGAAGGAAUUUUAGACAUGUCUCUUUAUGACAAAGGACCUGUGCAAUGGCUUUAAAAAUGUAACUUUGUGUGUACCUUAUGACACACUUGUGAGUCCUAUUUUUAAGUCUGUACACUUUACAGUCUUGGUAAUGUGUUCAGAUCCAGUAUGCAAACCUUCUGAAUAAAGAGAAGUCAACCUAGGCACACCUGGUAUUGCAGGACAUGGUUUGAUUAAAUUUUAGUGGAAAGCUUUUACAUAUUUCAGAGGCAUUCCAUAGUCACAUAAACUUACAGCUUAUCCUAAAAGUCCAGUUGACUUCAUAACCACAAUAGAAGUAAGAAAGUAGACUGUAAUUUUUUAUGAUGUAUGUUUUGUAUUUUUGGAAAAUCCAAUGCCUUUUAAAGAACUGGAUCACGUGGCAAUAUUUUAUAAUAUACACGUUUUUAAAUUACUGCAUGUUUUUUUAUUUAUAAUUGAUUGUACUGCUUAUAUAGAGAUUUGGCAUUUGCUGAUGCUAUCAUUUUUAUUUACCUGAAACAGAUUGUGAUGCUUUAUUUUGUGAUGAUAUUGUGAAACAUCUGAAAAUAAAGGGUGAUAAGAUACUUUUCAA